AUGGCCUAUUUUUCCCCUGAAGUGUUGCGUAAACAAGGAGAAAUUCGCUACCCCCCAUAUGAACCUGUGAUUCCCAGCAUGGCCAGAACGUCGAGCGAUAUCGCGCGUAAUCAGAACCGCAGUUAUUUGAUCAGGAAUGAAUUGUGCGCAAAACCCAUCCCUCCGCCAGCUGACUACAUUGAUGUAUGGGGAAUCAAGUGCCAAAUGCCGGAAAUUCAGAUUAAGAACAAAGAAGCCCACCCUUGA